UCGGUUGGACCACAAGCUUUCAAUCGCUGACUUCUUAAAUGCUCUCGAUGGUUGUCCAAAUUUCUGUCAACAGUCACGACUAUUGGGACGGACUUGUAACUCGCAGGGCUGCUGCUGCCAGACAGUCCUUCCGGAUGUCCAAGUACAAAGUCUUUGUGAUGAGGCAUGGAGAAGGAGCCUGGACCAAAGAGAACCGCUUCUGCAGCUGGGUGGACCAGAGGCUGAGCGAGGAUGGGGUCAAGGAGGCUUUGGCGUGCGGUCACCUCCUGAAGGAAGCAGGCUACCAGCUGGAUGUGGUAUUUACCUCCCUGCUCAGCCGAUCCAUCCACACAGCCUGGCUGUUGUUGGAAGCCAUGGGGCAGGAGUGGGUCCCCGUGGUCAGGACGUGGAGACUCAACGAGCGCCAUUAUGGUGCUCUGAUCGGGCUGAAUAGAGCUGAGAUGGCCCUAAACCACGGUGAGGAGCAGGUGAAACAGUGGAGGAGGAGCUAUGACCUCACGCCUCCCCCUAUCGACGAAUCACACCCUUACUUCCUGGAGAUCUACAAUGACCGCCGGUAUUCUACCUGUGACUUGUCUAUAGAGUUUCUUCCGAAGUCAGAGAGCCUGAAGGAUGUCUUAGAGAGGCUCCAGCCAUACUGGGACGGCACCAUUGUGCCGGAGAUCAAACGGGGGAAAUUGGUGCUCAUCUCUGGGCACGGGAAUAGCUGCAGGGCCCUGCUGAAACACCUGGAAGGUAUAUCAGAUGCUGAUAUCGUCAAUGUGACGUUACCCACUGGGACACCCAUUCUGAUUGAGCUGGAUGAGAACUUCCGGCCCACCAAACCCAUGCAGCUCCUGGGAGACCAGAAAGCCAUCCAGGCAGCCAUCAGGAAGGUGGAGGACCAGGACCAACCAGGAUGUCAGACCCCCAGCAUCCGCAACAUCAAGACCAUGUGGGAGAAAGGCAACAUUGUGGGGGCCACAGAAUGCCCCAAAGCUAUGAAUAAGGAGACAGUUGGAGUCAAGAGCAAAUCUGUCACAAAUGCAGGUGUUGGAUGUUAACAAUAUAAGAGGAAAACCCCUCAGGAAGAAGCUCCAACUGACGAAAUGCAAGACUCUACUAUGUGUAUUCAUAACACAAAAUAUCUCCAUAACAACCACACACAAAAUAUCUCCAUAACAACCACACACAAAAUAUCUUCAUAACAACCACACAGGGUUCACGUUAGGUUUUAGGGGGAGGGAGUACAGGUUAUUCAUUUUGGUUGGUAUUCAGAGUUGAGAUCCUCACGUUUAACUCUUACUUUUGUGUAAAUCCUUCAUUGAUGUCAAUGGGAGACAUGCGCCAAAAUUUGAAUACCAUCUCAAAAUACAUAUUAGUACUGUAUUUAAAACCCUUUAUAUUAUUUUAGAUUCUUGAUGAAACGGCUUUUGCACAAUCCCUUGUACGUCCUAAUAGAAUCAAUGCUGUGAAAAUGAAAUUUGAUCAACCACAUUUGUAGGAAAUAAACAUCUGUUUGUCAUGAAAGAUAUUUUAACCA